AUCCCGCACCCGCCGCACCAGUGCCGUCUGGUUGUUAUAGUGAUAAACUGAGGCCUUGCCUUUUGGCUUCUUGGGGAAGGAAACGGGAGGGGGUGUGUGGGGGGGUAACCUCUUCACUUCCCCCAGGGAAGACAGAAAGAAGGGGCGAAGAAGGGGGAUGGGUGAAGAAGAGAAAAAUACGUGACAAAGAAAACAUUCUCUGCCUGGGAGGAGACUCACAGAGGGUGUAGAGCUGGAGGGAGCAUUCACUGGCCAUGCCAGUACUUACCACUGAUGCUGAGUCAGAAACAGGUAUCCCAAAAUCCCUUUCCAAUGAGCCUCCCUCAGAAACCAUGGAGGAAAUAGAGCACACAUGCCCACAGCCUCGACUGGCAGUCCAUUGUGUCCUUUUUGAGGCCCCUCUAUCCGAAUGGCCUAAGAAUCCAGAGAGUUUCCUCAGUUCAAAGGGAGCCAGAAAGACCCUGACUGCACCUGCCCCAUUUGCAGAUGAAACCAGCUGCCAAUGCCAAGCACCCCAUGAAAAACUGACCAUUGCUCAGGCCCGCUUAGGAACACCAGUUGACAGGCCUGUCAGAGUUUAUGCCGAUGGAAUAUUUGACCUCUUCCACUCAGGUCAUGCAAGGGCACUUAUGCAAGCAAAAACACUGUUUCCCAACAGCUACUUGUUGGUUGGAGUUUGCAGUGAUGACCUCACCCACAAAUUCAAAGGUUUCACUGUGAUGAACGAAGCAGAGAGAUAUGAAGCCCUCCGACACUGUCGCUAUGUGGACGAAGUCAUUAGAGAUGCUCCAUGGACCCUCACUCCAGAGUUUCUGGAAAAACACAAGAUUGACUUUGUGGCCCAUGAUGACAUUCCCUACUCUUCUGCCGGCUCUGACGAUGUUUACAAGCAUAUCAAAGAAGCUGGAAUGUUUGUUCCAACACAGAGAACGGAAGGCAUCUCAACAUCAGACAUUAUCACCAGAAUUGUCCGUGACUAUGAUGUUUAUGCCCGACGCAACCUCCAGAGAGGGUACACAGCCAAGGAACUAAAUGUCAGCUUUAUAAAUGAGAAGAAGUACCGCUUCCAAAACCAGGUAGACAAGAUGAAGGAAAAGGUCAAGAACGUGGAGGAAAGAUCAAAAGAAUUUGUCAAUAGAGUAGAAGAAAAAAGUCAUGAUCUAAUUCAAAAGUGGGAAGAGAAGUCAAGGGAAUUCAUUGGCAACUUCCUGGAGCUGUUUGGGCCUGACGGUGCAUGGAAGCAGAUGUUCCAGGAGAGGAGUAGCCGGAUGCUGCAGGCCUUGUCCCCGAAGCAGAGCCCAGUGAAGAAGGAAGGCUUCCUUCCACAGACACCCAAGGUUAGUGAAUACCCGUGCGGGGUGUGGGUUCCCUGCCCUCCCCAGCUCCCCCGGCUCACCACUUCUCCGUCAGCUGCCACACCCUCUCCCCAGGGCCCUGAAAUCAAACACUCACCCUUCCACCAGCUCAAAACACAGGAGAGCUCUAAUAUCCUAGCCACACCGAACGGCCCGCUUCUGGCAAGCCCGCCCCCAUGUGCCAGGACCUUAGAAAAGCAAAAGAAACCAACCUCAAGACGAGCGACCCUGAGACCUAAGACUGCCUUCUGACCUGCUCUGCGGGCUUGGGAUCUUGCUCUUUGCCUCGGGCUGUAGUCACUGUGAGUCCAUCCCUGGAGGGAGGGACGGGAAGAGCGAGCGUGCGCCUGUGUUCUCUUCAGCUUCAGGACUUCCUUUAGCACCCAGGUGUACCCCAGGGAGACGAGUGAGUUGGCGGCUCAGACUCAGCUGAAUCAGAUGAGCCCGUUUGGAGCAGAGAUGUUCCUGUUCCUCAGGCAUCCAUUCAGCACUAGUCUUGGCCAUCAGACUUUUUAAAAACGAAUAAGUUCAUGAGGCAUUUGCAACUUCUACUUCUCUCUAGAAUUGAGUUUUUUGUUGUGUCACUGCGAUGUGCACCGGGACAAAGCCAUAAGAAGAGCACACACUCUUAAGACUCUGCUGUACAUACAAGAAGACGGAGACUCAUCUGGGUUAAAGUACGACCUUACGCCCAAGCAUUUGCUCUGGUGCUGAAUAACGCGAACUACUGGAAUCAGCCCUCCACCCCUACCCCCUCGUCCCUCCCUGACCCACCCCCGCUCCCCAGUGGAACACAGCGUUCCCAACCUGUUUAUAAAUAAAGGGACACGUAAUUGCA